CAUUCCUAUGCACAGUAUGCAGUGACACCUCUGCAGCUAUUGUGCUCGCAAGCGGCUCCGCUGCUGCUGACUGAAUGACUGACUGAGUUUCCCGCCUCUACAAACGUAAACGCAACUUUCUUUCACUACGGUUGUUGCGGGGCUCUGCAAACUCAACAGUCAUUUUAUGAAACUUCAGAAUGAAGUUUCACCCGGUUUCGCGUGUGAGACGGUUUUCUGGUGUGACUCUGCAACGUGUUCUGAGCCCCUGAGGUCUUGGGAGUCGGGAGGGGCGAAAAAAUUGAGAAGACGCAGCCGUCACUUUCUGCGGCAGUCAUCCUAAAGCUUCCGCUUCAGACAGACCCGCUGAGAUACUCUCUCAUCCCAAGGCCAUCUUCUCUAGGGGUGGUUUGCCAGAACUUUGUCUUUGGUGUAAGUUGAGCAAGGAGGAUCUGUCAUCAGGUGCCAAGUGAUAUGAGGGUUCGUGUGGAGAGACAGGCGCAUAUUGGCCUCAUGAGCUCCACGGCCUCCGAGAAGACAUCCGCUGUGCUGGGAGUGAAGAGUCUCGGAAAGGAGACUUCGGCAAGUAAUGGAGAUGCUCUCAUAUCCAUGAACUACGGCUUGCCUGUGAGCGUAUCCCCUCAGGCUCUGGUCCAUUAUUCAUUCGGGACUUUGGAGGGGGACUUACUGGGGACAGAGGGCAGAAUACUGAAGUCUUUGGAUACUAGGUCUAAGAGUUUGGAUUGCUUAGAUGAGACCUACAGGUCCAAAAACUGCAGCUGUGGGGCUGCAAGGCACGGGGAAGAAGGGUUGUACGUUUGCCAGAUGUGUGGGUUUUGCGAUCCAGUGGAAAGCGAAGAAGGCUGCCUGGAGAAUAGCUUUCCUCCUAGAAGCUGGGGAACGGUGCCCCAGCAGAGGAAAGCAGAAGGGUUUUCUUCUGAUGUUACUUGCCUUGCUGAAGAACAGCCAACGUUGAGUGGCUCGGAUGGAGAACUGUGCCAGAUGGAACUUGUAAUCGGCCAAAACACAGAGAGCCUGCCGUUCUGCGGGCUGGAUUUGAGGCGAAACAGUAUGCCAGUAUCCUCACCACAAGGGCCUCAAUGCACCAAUGGCUGCGGAACUGCCAUGUAUAACAAACUGUGUGACAGAACUGACUUCGUAUGUGCCGUGUACCAUAAAAAUGGCUUCUCUAGUCUGGAAAGGCUCAGCAGGAAAACCAAACCCAUAUGCUUUCAGGGCAGAUGCCUUAAGAGGUCCACGCCCUUCAGGUUGUCUGUACCUGACUGUAGUGACAGCGAGGGCACUGUGUCUGACAGCGAGUUUGUGCGUAACAAGAAAGAGCGCUCUACUGUCCUUGUCAGGAGGUACCUCAAGAACAAUCAGAAGAUCAAAAAGACAGUGUGCACAGGCACCAGAGCUAUAGUGAGGACUCUACCCACCGGCUGCUUCUCUGACAGAAUCUGGGAGUCUGUUUGUGGGAAAACAUGCCAACUUGGCGAUGAGGCGAGAGGAUACAGCAGAGCGCUUCAGGCCAUCCAGCUGCAGGUUUCCAGGGCCCUUCUCACAUACCCAGGGGUCAGGUUUGCAGAGAUUGACCAUGUUGAUCCUACCCUGAGUCCUGAGGUCUAUCUCCUGCACCCGUCCAGAAAGCUGCUUGCCCAGGCUGUGUCAUGGCUGCCGGUCUCCCUGUUGCAAAUUAGAUUCAGGGCCUGCCUUCCUAGAACCAGCAUUGCAGCUCGUCUGAGCGGGGCCCUGCUGGAAGCCACAGCUGCUCUCGGGGCCCGAAGUUCUCUGUCUAGCUUCACUGUUGGCUCCACAGGUCGAGCGAUGCUGAAAGAACGGCAGCUGUGCAGCUCCAUGGGCAUCAGUAAGGAACUAGCCGAUCUGCGGCACCUCAUCCAGUUCCCUGAGGAAAUCGCCACCAUCCUGACAGAACAGGAGCAGCAGCUGUACCGCCGUGUCUUCCCACUUGACUACCUCAGCUUUCUCACCCGAGACCUGGGAAGCCCAGAGUGCCACAAACGCCACCCGCACCUGAAAGCCUCCCUGUCCGCCCCCAUCAUGCCCACUCAGAAUGACCACCACAACACGGUAGAAGACCUCGUCACAAGAUUCAAUGAGAUACUCGGCAACUACAAUGCGGUCAUGGAAUUCUUGGCAGGUCUCAGGUCUCGCAAAGUGCUGAAGAUGUGGCAGUUCAUGGACCAGGCAGAUAUUGAGACCAUGCGUGGUCUGAAGGACGCCAUGGCCCAGCAUGAAUCAUCAUCUGAGUACAAGAAAGUGGUCAACCGUGCUCUCAACAUCCCAGGAUGCAAAGUGGUGCCCUUCUGUGGCGUGUUCCUUAAGGAACUUAGUGAGGCUUUGGAUGGUGCGGCCAGCAUUAUUGGACUCCGUCCAUCAUUUGAUUCUGAAGAAGAUCCUGUUGAGUUUGUCACCGACUACAAUGGCCAGCAGCACUUCCUGCAGAGGGUUGGGAGCGAUGGACUCCACAGCUCAGACAAAGAGGUGACCGUCAGUAAUAUUCUGCAGACGAUUCGCAGCUGCAACCGAAGCCUGGAGGCUGAGGAGCCUGAGGAGAAGGCACAAGAGAUCACAGUUUGCCCCAAAAAUUCUUUCAAAGACAAGAGCAGAAGCCAGUUUUUAGUAGGAGACCUCUCAGACUCUGAAGGGGACCCACUUGAGCUGACUAAGGACAUAAACCUCCAGGCCACAGAAGAGGUGCGUGGACUAUUUAGCCACGGUACAGAGCUCAUCCCCUGGUACGUGCUCUCUCUUCAGCCGGAUAUCCACCAGUUCCUGCUCCAGGGAGCAACUGUUAUCCACUACGACCCCGAGACCCAUCUCACCUCCCGCUGUCUCCUCCAUCUACAGCCCGAUAACUGCUUCCUUACCUGGUCCAAGUCCCACAGUAGCUGUGGCACAGGUGGAAAAGCCAGAGGCUUCAUGGGACAUCCACCAUCCCCAGACCACUUACCUCUGGGCCAACCUGUGCACUGCGGACUGACCGAUGGACUCCUAGACCUUAACGUGGUGAAGGGCGUGUUUAUGGGUCACCCUGGAGUGGAUGUUAACUAUGUGUGCCUGCAGCACAAACUAUGUAACAUGAACCCUGGUGAAAAUGGUGUCACGCUGCUAUAUGGACUUCACACCACAGACAACAGGCUCCUGCACUUUGUGGCCCCCAGACACACGGCACAAAUGCUGCACGAGGGCCUCCAGGAGCUGCUCAAUGCCAUCAGGAAGAUCAGGAAGUUUCCUGACCAGAGACUGCAAUGGCUGCGAAAGCAGUAUGUUAGUUUGUACCAGGAGGACGGUAGAUUUGAGGGGCCCACACUGGCCCAUGCUAUCGAGCUGUUUGGUGGGAGACGCUGGAAUAUGGGCGCUAGUGGCCCUGGAUCCACCAGCAAGAGUGCAGAGAAGAACUCAGCCCAGAAAAACAGCCCGCUGGGCAUUAACUCCAACGUCAAGAAGAAGAAGAAAGCCUUAGUCAGGGGAGACAGUGGUGAUGGAACAGAUGAUGAGAUGAUCUCACGCAAGACCAGGAGCUGUAAAGAGACUUUGGGGAGGAGAGAGUCAGACCCUUUGGAAAGUGUUGAGCAGGAAAACGCUGAGGACUGCAGUACCUUUGGCCACCAUGGACCCCUUUCCUUAUCCAACAGCAAAGGCCAGUCUCCUGGAUCCUCCUUAUCCUCCUCCUCAUCUUCCUCUGGCUCCUUUAACACAAACACCUCCAUCCCUACACGCCCCCAUUCGUCCCCCGUUCUCCCCGGCAACUCCAAAAGUCAGCCAGGGGCCUGGAGCAGUCGGAGCUGGCAUGGUCGAGGGAAAGGCUGCUUUAGGGGCUUCCAGGACCUCAUGAUCUCCGACAGCAUCAUGAGCUUUGUUGAAUUUGUAGAGCUCUUCAAGUCUUUUAGCAUUCGCAGUCGUAAGGAUCUGAAGGAACUCUUUGACACCUACGCUGUGCCUUGUAGUCGCUCAGGUCCUGACUCUAUCCCACUCUACACCACACUGAGGAUUGAUGACAAACUAACAGGACUGCAACCGGAUCUUGAUCUCCUGACUCGCAACGGCUCUGACCUGGGCCUUUUUAUCCGCACACGUCAGCAAAUGUCUGAUAACCAGAAGCAGAUUUCAGACGCCAUCGCAGCUGCUAGCAUCGUAACCAAUGGCACUGGAGUGGAGAAUUCAUCGCUGGGUGUGCUGGGACUGGCCAUCUCUCAACUCAAUGACUUCCUGGUCAACUGUCAGGGAGAACAUCUGAGCUAUGAUGAGAUCCUCAGCAUCAUACAGAAAUUUGAGCCUUCUUCAAACAUGCGUCAGAUGGGGUGGAUGUCCUUUGAAGGAUUUGCCAGGUUUCUAAUGGACAAGGACAACUUUGCCUCUAAAAACGAGGAGUCUCAAGUGAAUCUGGAUGAGCUCCAGUAUCCGCUCUCGUACUAUUACAUCGAGUCCUCUCAUAAUACGUACCUCACGGGCCAUCAGCUGAAAGGAGAGUCUUCAGUGGAGCUCUACAGCCAGGUGUUGCUGCAGGGCUGUCGUAGCGUUGAGUUGGACUGCUGGGACGGGGACGACGGCAUGCCUGUUAUUUACCAUGGACACACUCUUACUACUAAGAUUCCCUUCAAGGAUGUUGUCGAGGCCAUCAAUCGUUCAGCGUUUGUGAACUCAGAGAUGCCUGUGAUUCUGUCAAUCGAAAACCACUGCUCUUUACCACAGCAACGCAAAAUGGCUGAGAUUUUUAAGACAGUGUGUGGUGAGAAGCUGGUGACCAAGUUCCUGUUUGAGAGUGAUUUUGCAGAUGAGCCUUUGCUUCCGUCUCCCCUGCAGCUCCGAGGGAAGAUCCUACUGAAAAAUAAGAAGCUGAAAGCUCACCAGGCUCCAGUGGACAUUCUCAAACAAAAGGCACAUCAGCUGGCUCACAUGCAGGCCCAGGCCAACAACGGCACAGUCAGUGGAACAUCCUUGGGAAACAAUGAUGAAGAAGAAGAGGAGGAAGAAGAGUAUGAUUAUGAUUAUGAGUCAUUAUCUGAUGCUGAUGUCCUCAAUGCUUCCACAGCCUCUUAUGGCCAGGAAGACAAUAUUCUGGAUGACAAACCCGAAGGCAAGUCAUCCACUGAGAAACUUCAGUAUGAGUCCAAUGAUGAGAUGCCCAAGCGGUUCAAGAAAGCGGGAAGCAAAGGAAAGAUGUUUGACAUGGAACUAGGAGAGGAGUUCUACCUGCCCCAGAAUGAGAAGGAGAGCAGACAGAUCGCUCAAGAGCUCUCUGAUCUGGUCAUCUACUGUCAGGCUAUCAAAUUCCCAGGCCUCUCCACCCUCUCCCCAUCAGGCUCUGGAAGGGGAAAAGACAGAAAAAGCCGGAAAUCCAUUUUUGGCAGCGCUCCUGCUCGCGGAAGCCCCGGGGAGCCUGUGACGUUGGUCCGAGCUCCAGGGAAAGCCAGUCUGGAGGGCAUUCGGAUGAACUGGGAGGAACAAACAUCGUUGACACUGAGCCCGAGCACCUCUCUCAGCUCCAUCAUCCGCACACCCAGAUGCUACCAUAUCUCCUCUGUCAACGAGAACGCUGCAAAGCGUCUGUGUCGCCGCUACUCCCAGAAGCUCAUCCAGCACACCAGCUGCCAGCUGCUCCGCACGUACCCUGCAGCCACACGCAUCGACUCCGCCAACCCCAAUCCUCUCAUCUUCUGGCUGCACGGAAUCCAGCUGGUUGCCCUCAACUAUCAGACUGAUGAUCUGCCCAUGCAGCUGAACGCAGCUCUGUUCGAGGCUAAUGGUCACUGUGGUUAUGUGCUGAAGCCUCCGGUCCUGUGGGAGCAAAGCUGCCCUCUCUAUCAGCAAUUUUACCCUCUGGAUCGAGACCUGGAGAACAUGACCCCCACGCUCUACACUCUCACUAUUGUGUCGGGACAGAAUGUGUGUCCGGGGAACUCGAACGGAAGUCCCUGUGUGGAAGUGGAGGUGUUGGGUAUGCCGGCAGACAGCUGCCAUUUCCGCACCAAGCCUAUACACCGCAACACACUCAAUCCCAUGUGGAAUGAGCACUUCCAGUUUCAUGUGCACUUCGAGGAUAUGGCAUUUCUGCGCAUUGCUGUCAUGGAGAACAACAGCUCACAGGUCACCGCUCAGCGGAUACUGCCCCUCAAAACCCUCAAACCAGGCUACAGACACCUGCAGUUGAGGAACCUGCACAAUGAGUCUCUGGAGAUCUCUAGUCUGUUCAUCUUCAGCCGUAGGACGGAGGAGAGUCCCACCGGAGGACCACUGCCUGUGUCUGUGCUGUUCAGCACGGAGGAAAGACGCGCCGCCCAGCAGCACAAAGUGACAGUGCAUGGAGUUCCAGGCCCUGAACCCUUCACCGUAAUGUGUGUUGAUGAAUACACCACGGCCAAGCAGCUCCUGGACUCUUUAUUUCCGACUACCUCCUUCAACUACUUCCUGAUGGAGGAGAAAAUGCCUCUGUGCAAGGAGAAGAGCGAGUCGAAGAGAGCCCCUCAGCAGCGCCCCCUAGCGAAUGAUGAACGGCUCCUGAGAGUUACUCACAGCUGGCAGCCGCAGGAAGGAUAUGUGGGCAGAAUAUACCUGAAAACCAAGGAGGAGCAGAACAUCAAUGAGAAGAAUACGGUGAUGGAUGGGGUGGAGGAGGUGAGCAGCGGAGAGGACGACACGUUCCUCGUGCAGGUUCAUGAUGUUUCUCCUGAGCAGCCUCACACGGUCAUCAAAGCCCUGCGUUACAGCACCGCCCAGGACAUCAUCCAGCAGACUCUGAGCAAAGCAAAGUACUCUCUGAGCAUCCUGAGCAACCCUAACCCAUGUGACUACGUCCUGAUGGAGGAGGUUACUAAAGACGCGGGUGGAAAGAAAUCAUCCUCGGCUAAACCGUGUCAGCGUGUGCUGCAGGACCACGAGUUUGUGUUCCAGGCUCAGAGCCGCUGGAAGGGUGCUGGGAAGUUCAUCCUCAAACUCAAAGAGCAGAUCGCUCGUGAGGACAAGCGCAAGGGCGUGUCUUUUGCCAGCGAGCUACGGAAGCUGACGGGUCGGAGUCGGAGCUUGACUGUGAACACGAACAUGAACGGUCCAGCGGCUCAGGAGCCGACACACAUUAAGGAAGAGAAGGCUGCAUGUCCCAGCAUGGUGCCUCUGCCAGAGGCCUCGGAGUGAAGGAGCGCUCUGCAGUGUGUGUGUGCAGUGCAUGGAGCUCCCACAAGGUUCUCUGUCGAUGGGGCUGAAGGGCUGGAUGGCUUGGGUUCUCAGAGACUGUGUGCGGUAAAGUGUGGUGAUCGCACCCCUGUCCCGUCCACCGGGACCCUCCCGCUGCUGUGGAACUGGAAGCUGCAUAAAUGAGUCCAGACCCAGAGCAGCACCGCUAGUGUUCACUACUCUCACGUGAGUGAGAUACAGUCCAGCCUGAUGGAGAGCGGACGGCGUUUGAGCUCGUCCCGUGCAGAACACGAUGGCCUGGGUGAGUUAGGCUUGCUGAGGGGUCGAGGAUAGGUUUAGUCAGUUCAGCAUGUUACUGAAUAUACUUCUCCUUUUUAAAGAGUACUGUAAGUGAUGAAUGCGUUUAUAUGCAUUUCAUUUUUUAUUUGUGGUUUUGCACAUUAGUCCAGAUAUUUUGAAAGCUUUUUUAAAUACUUUAUUUACAUCCUUUUGGAUUGCUGAAAUUAAAUCAAGCAUAAAAAUGCUCCCAGCACAUUAGUGUAACACAGUCUUUUUGUUUUUUGACUUCCAAACCUUGAGUUCUUUUAUGAAUGUAAAUAUGGCGUGAUUUAGAGUUCAGAGCAAAUGUGCACAAGAUGUUGAGAAAGAUGCAAGACAGAUUUGUUCUGCAUAUUUUAGCAGCUAAUUGUAUUUGAUUGCUUUCAUUGCACAUGUCCUGCACUGCAUUUUUAUGACCAACAGCAAAAAAUGCAAGAUGUUGAGGGGUACCUUUCUAUAAACUGCCACGAAUCUAUUUACAGUAUUACAAAAACAAGCAUUUGAAGAAACAUCACAAUGUUUUUUUAUAUUUUAUAAAUGUAUAUAUGUUACUGAUUUAUUUCUUUAUUUUCAAAAUUUUUUUGGAGUAUUUAUAUCAAUUUAGUUUCUUGCAUUUAUGGAGAGCUGAAGAUCUUCACUGGCACUGUAAUGCUUGUUUUGGAAUAUUUUAAUUUAAAAUCAAUACAGUUUAGAGGUUUAUAUCCCAUUUGACCUUUGUAAUUGAAUGCCAGUUUUCUUUUUGUGUUCGAUUAAAUGUUGCUAUUAUAUAUACACAUGUGAUUCUAAACUCACUGCAUAGCAGUUGAAUCACCUAAAGCAGACCUGCAGUUCUUUUGCUUUUAAGUGGUCCAUUUUCUUUCUUGAAGUGAAAUCUUUCCUAAUUUAUUGAACAUUAUAGCCCAGGUUGGCUGUACUUUUCCAGAUGUGUACAUGAGUACAUAAUUAUGAAAUCUGCAUUAAUUUAUUUGUGAGGGCAUGAAUGUUCCUCCAGCCUGUUUGUACUGCAUUAAUGUAUGUUUGUAAUUUAGAUCUUUAGCACCGGAAUGUAGGAUCUCUCACCGUCUUGAGAGAGAUUCAAUAUUUUGACAUUUAAGUGGUGAAUGUAGGCACCAUUGAAGUGCACUUUGUGUGGUCCACUACAGCGGUAUAUCCUUUAAUAUCGUUUCAGUGUAUAUUUACCAUUGCUUUGUUUUGAACAAGCAAAUGUUUAGUGUGACACGAUGCUGUUAUUUUAGUUCAUUGAUAGUUAAUCUAAAACUUCUGUCUGUUUGGAGUUUAAAACAUGUCGAACUUUCUAUUAGUGAUGGUUUUCAGCACACGUAAAACUCUAGGAAUGUAUCAUCAAUAUUUUGAUGUAAAUCUUGGGUUGUUUACUCGAAACCAUCGAUUCAACCACAUUCAUCAAUAAACUGUUGAGAAAUCCAUGUUUGGUGAAACGGAUACUUUUACAUCACUGCCAGUAAAGACAUUGCUGGUAUCUUAUUUUACACAAAUGGAUACACAACAGCAUUUCAGCUCUUAAUUUACAUUCAUUCAUGUGUCCUGCUGUGUGUGUUGUGAUGUGAAUUCUAGACUCGUCUGCUCGCUCCCGUUUUGAAGAGCAGCAUCAAU